CUCUUACACAUCCUCUCUUUAUCUUCUUCGCUUCCCAUCCUCCGAGCAAUAUUCGCUCGGUAGCUAGGUCGCGAAUAGCCAGCCCAUAUAGCUACGGAGCCCAUCACUCAAUGGCCUCGUUUGCGCGCAGCCUCGUAGCCCUCGCGGCGGCGACGGCCCUCACGACGCUGAGCCCGGCGCAAGCCCAGUUCGUCAAGCCGCCCACGGACCUGAAGCGCGUCAUCGGCCACUACAACAUCCCAGUGCGCUACAAGGAGGUUCCGACGGGCAUCUGCGAGCUGAAUCCGAACGUGAAAAGCUACUCCGGUUACGCGGAUGUCGGAGAGGACCAGCACAUUUUCUUCUGGUUCUUCGAGGCGCGCGAAGUCGAACCCGAAGAGGCGCCGCUUACAGUCUGGAUCAACGGCGGGCCGGGCUCGAGCUCUAUGAUCGGGCUGUUUGAGGAGCUGGGUCCCUGUCGCGUCGACCCGGAGGGGAAAGUCUUCAGCAACCCAUACUCGUGGUCUAACGUCAGCAAUAUGCUGUUCAUCGAUCAGCCAAGUCAGGUUGGGUUUUCGUAUUCUUAUCCUGUGCCCGCGUGGACCAGCGACAGCGGCGGUGUCGUCGUCCUACCCGAAGAAGUCUGCCCGGAUUAUGCACCAGCGGGUACCUGCGGCACGUAUGCCUACCCGAACAUCACGUUGACUGCGAACACGACACCUGCUGCGGCCCCGAACUUCUGGAAGACACUUCAAGGCUUCAUGGGGGCCUUCCCGAAGUAUUCGAGGAACGGAUUCCACUUUGCGACAGAGAGUUACGGAGGUCAUUACGGUCCCAUAUUCAACCAGUAUAUCGAGAAACAAAAUAAGAAGCUCCCUCAUGGUGCUAUCAAGAUCCAGCUCGAGACUGUAUUGAUAGGGAAUGGAUGGUAUGAUCCUUAUGUCCAAUACCAAGCGUACUAUAACUUUUCCGUCUACCCCGGGAACACGUACGACUACUCCCCCUUUGACGAGUCCAACGCAAGCAUGUUCUACAACAAUCUGUAUGGGAAAGGCAAUUGCCUCGACAGGUUGCAGUACUGCAAGGACACGGGUGACAACGCCAUUUGCAGACUCGCCGACAAUUUCUGCGCAUACAUGGUAGAACUAGUCUACGACAACGUCCUCGGGCGCGACGAGUACGACAUGCGCUACCUCACACCCGACCCGUUCCCCUACCGGUACUACGAGUCCUACCUCAACACGCCCGCAGUGCAGUCCGCGAUCGGCGCCUUCACCAACUUCUCCAGCAACGGGGCCGUGGGCGACGCCUUCGACAGCACGGGCGACGACGGCCGCGAGAUCGGGACGAUCGAGGCGCUCCGGUCCCUCGUGCACGCGGGCGUGACGGUGGCCAUGUACGCCGGCGACGCCGACUACAACUGCAACUGGCUCGGCAACGAGGUAUCCGCGGGCUCGGUGCGCGCGCCGGGGUUCGCCUCGGCCGGGUACCGCGACAUGCUGACCAGCGACGGCGUAUGCCACGGACAGGUCAAGCAGGCCGGGAGAUUCUCCUUCACGCGCUUCUACGAAGCGGGCCACGAAGUACCCUUCUACCAACCCCUGGCGUCCCUCGAGUUCUUCGCGCGCGCGAUACGAGGCCGCGACAUCGAGACCGGGAAGCAUGUCGUCGGUCCGGCGUAUCGCACGGAGGGAUCGCCGAAGAGCACGUACCGCGAGGGCAACGGCACUGUGCAGUUCAGCGUCACGCCGGCGAACCUCACGUAUGACGUCAUUACGAAUAAGCCUGGUGCGCCGUGGUCUGUUGCGAGGAGCGGCGGGGAGGCGAUGGUGAAGAGGAGUUUCCGGGGCCCGAGGGGUGUUGGGGGACGGCCGUCGAAGAGACAAGGGCCUGGGUUUCGCUUUCGGUAGAUAGAUAGGACGCGUGGGAUUCGUUUUAGCGGGUGAGCGAGCGAGCGAGGUAACGCUAGGAAUCGUGGAAUAUGGUUACGAUGUAUGACGCAUGAUCAAAAAUAAAAGAAAGAUAAGAUCUAGGACACUAGGUACUAGUAGUAAUGAAUAUACACUACUUAGCAUAAUUACGAUAAUGAGUUCAUGCCUUCACUCAAACACAGUAAGUUGUUAUCGAUUAUGGCUGAUCAUCAAGAUAGUUAGUCUGACAUAAUGAUCACUCUCUCUGCAAAACUAGCUUCCGCUCGUAGACGCAAUCGCUCCGUGACUAGACUCCUAUCCUCCCGAGACAAUUAUAUACAUAAGACGUCCUUAUCACCCGGGACCGAUUUUAGCUGCCGAGAAUAAUCUUCUCCAUCUCGUCGGGGUCUUUGACCGCUGUCGUUAGGUUGAUGUAGCCAUCUUUCGUGAUGACGAUAUUGUCCUCGAUUCUAAACGGCCAAUAUGGUUAAUACCACAAUCCCUCAUCCGUACUGCUGACCAUAUGGGUUAAAUAGCUUAC